UGAGAAACUGACACCAUACUACAGCUAGCGCAUUGGGUCUCGAUUCACUGCUGUUGAUCGGUGUGCGUUGAAAACCUUUUCUCGUUUUCGUCUGUGAAUUUUGUCUUCUUCAAGGCACAGAUAUGAUAGGCAAUCGCGGAUUGUUCACCUUUGGGCUCCAGUUAUCGCUUUUUUCCAUAACCGUAGCAAGACAAGGGCAGGGAUCGCGUACAUCAUGCGGGGGAACGUACGGCGGAAGGGAAGGGAAAAUCAAGUCACCAGGCUAUCCCGGUAAUAAUUACCCCGGAAGGUCCAACUGCCUGUACAAGAUCACAGUUCCCAGAGGCUUGAGAGUCAAAGUAAAAUUCCAGAAUUUUAGCGUUGAACCUGCUGGAUCAAACCCAGUGGGAUAUUGCUAUGACUACGUUGAAGUCCAUGAUGGUCCGUUGAUCCAGAACCGUUCGCUUGGAAAGUUCUGCGGAUAUCUGAGACCCUUCAGCAUCUUUUCUACAAGCAACGCUGUGCUCAUUCGAUUUUACUCUGAUCAGUCAAAAAAUUACAAGGGUUUCCAAUUUGUCUAUCACGCUAAACCACUACCAAGGAACCAACAACGGACACUACCAUCUACCACAGACCCCCCAACUGCAGCUCGAGUGGUGACCACCACCAAGCCUUCAUGUCCUUCAGGGAAAUUUCAGUGCAGAAAUGGCAAAUGCAUUGAUACGAAAUGGCGGUGUGACAGUUACGACGACUGCAGAGACAUGUCCGAUGAACUAAACUGUCCUUGCCACAGCAACCAAAUGACCUGUGCUAAUGGGGCGUGUGUGAAUAAGUUAUGGAUAUGUGAUGGCAGCGAUGACUGUGGAGAUAACUCGGACGAAAAGAACUGCAGCGUACCCACAUCUUCUCCAUUGAACUGUUCUGUAAACAAGGGAGGAUGUGAACACAAAUGCACGGAGGUCUACGUUGGAAAAAGAAAGACCAUAUCGUGCACUUGCAAGCGAGGUUACAAGCUACAGCCAGACGGCAAAAACUGCGCUGACAUCAACGAAUGCAGAGUCAGUAAUGGAGGAUGCCAUCAACUGUGCAUGAAUGUUCGUGGUGGCCGCGUGUGCGCAUGCAGGAAAGGCUACUUUCUUACUCGCAACAAGAUCAAGUGUGAAGAUAUAAAUGAAUGCACUAGCAACAAUGGCGGCUGUAAUCACGACUGCAUCAACACAGCUGGAGGCUUCCGCUGCAGAUGUUACCCUGGAUUUGAAUUCGAGAGCAGUAACAACAAGAAAUGCCGAGAUAUCAACGAAUGUGAUAUCAACAACGGAGGGUGUAGUCACAGUUGUUUGAAUUCAGCUGGAAGUUACCAAUGUCAGUGCCCUGCAGGCUAUCGGCUUCUGAGUGACACCAAGACGUGUGUAGAUAUCGAUGAAUGUGCAGUAAAUAACGGCGGAUGUCAGCAUGAAUGCACAAACACUCUAGGGAGCUUUAUUUGUAGAUGCUCUGAUGGUUACUACGAGGACAUCAUGGAUCCCUCCAAGUGCAUUGACAUUGAUGAGUGUGCUUUAGGAGUGCCUGCCUGUUUUGACUGUGUCAACACACCAGGAAGUUACGAAUGUGACUGUGAUUCUGGCUUCAAACCAAACAUCAACAAAACACAAUGUUUGGAUUUCGAUGAAUGUGCUUCGCAAAAUGGAGGCUGCGGAGAACACAAAUGCUUCAAUAAUUAUGGAAGCUAUACUUGCCAAUGUAACCCUGGUUACCAGCUUGAUCCCAAUACCAAUCGUUGUGUAGACAUUAACGAGUGUGCAACUAGUGACUACAAAGGAGACUGCGAUCACAUUUGCAAGAACACGUUAGGAUCAUACAAGUGUGCGUGUAGAGAUGGUUACAAACUGAGACAGAGGACAAUGUGUUUUGAUAUCAAUGAGUGCGAGGAGGGUGCUCACCAAUGCCAACACAACUGCACAAACACUGAUGGAAGUUAUACUUGUUCCUGCAAGAAGGGAUUAUUUCUGUCUAUUGAUGGUCACUCAUGUGGCAAAAAGAAAGAUCUACAAGAGUGCGGCAUCGCACCCCUUGCGAGUAAAACAUUCCCAGGGAGAUGGCAUCGAAAGCAGGAAUCAACUUGGCCUUGGACUGCCCUGCUUUACUUCAGCGUGUUUGGAGACAUCGAGGGUUGUAUGGCCACACUCAUAGACAAGGAAUGGCUCAUCACCACCGCCCAUUGUCUGUAUCUUGGACAAAGAGUCAUCCCUGCCAAGUAUAUCAAGGUAGAGCUAGGCGCGUUCACACGAGGCAAUUCACAUCAUAAGCUGGUAUUGCACGAUGUGUCGCAAAUCGUAGUCCACAAAGACUUCCAGCAAAGUCUCACCUUAGAUCGGAAGGUUCUCUCUGGGAACAUUGCUCUCGUCCGCUUGGCGAAGCCGAUCGAAAUCACCGAGAAAGUAAGACCGAUCUGUAUGCCAACUAGAAUGGAAGUCGAUCAUCUCCUAGGACCUGGAACUUCAAGAGACGGUGUGGUUGUGGGCUGGGGUAAGACCUCAGAACACCGAGUCCGGAGUACACUGCAUGAGGUAGCCGUCUCCGUCGAACACAGAUCACGCUGCAGAUGGACGAAGAUCAACUACGACCCUCUGAACAUGAUCUGCGCCGGGUUCAAGGAAUACCAAAAAACUCCCUGCGUCGGAGACAGCGGAUCUCCACUGAUGUUUCCUGUAAGCAGCCCCAACCAUAGCAAACCGAAGUGGGUGCUAGGGGGUGUGAUGAGCUGGGGGCUGAGUGUGCUUCCUGACGGCUGCCACCGUGAUUAUCGCUACACCGUUUACACGAGUGUCGGACGUUACUUGAAGUGGAUCAAGUUCAGGGGAAACCGAGGAAACACUAAAUGAACAGACUAUCGAUGUUACAAUAACCCGCUGUUUAUAAAUCAGAGUAUUUUAGUUGCGUUCCUAUUACGCACUGGGACACUGUUACAAAGUGAUGCUCAGUAAAUCUUACUUGAUGUUCUCCUAAUAAGAGCUUUAUUUUUUUAUUAAGUUGUGGUCUAGCUCGUUUUCUUAGCCACAAGAAAUCGCAAGAGCAUCAAAAUGUUAGUAAGCAUAAAGAGAUUCUCAGAUCAAAAUACAGAACGAAAAAAAGGGAACUUUCUCAACGUGCUCCCUUUUUUCUGGUGGCCAUUUUGAAUUUUAAUAAUACUGUCAUCCCUUACGAUGCCGAGGUGUGGAGCCAGAAAAUUAACGGGCGCUUGAACGGCCUAAAGAAUUCGGAAAUUCCGAUCGCACAACAAGUUAACGAACACUUAUCAGUUCCAGACCUCCUACCAGAUUACCGCGUAUUUAAAAUUAAAUAUGGUCGCUACGAAGAAAGAAUGCGUUGAUCUAUGUUAUUAUCCCUUUAGUUGGUUGCUAGGGUCCCCUGUGUAAGUAGUGCCAGACAUUUUUAGCUUAUCAUCGAAAACCCCCAAUUUCAAAGUGGUCAUUAUGCUGCUGCUCCCGUCCACUGGCGAGUAAGCAUUUUACCGCGGGAUUUUCACAUGAGAAAUGGAUAGCGUUUACAUCUUCUGUAACAUAUUAAUUUGCCAGUAAUGUAGAGAGCAGUGUGAAAUAAAAGAGGUUUUGUUAUUACAAAUUUAAA